ACUCACAGUAAUACUUGAAAAGUAACUCACAUAAUCUGAAUCAUUGUUGCGAAUUAGAGCCAUUUUGAUAUUGGCGAUUAGUGAAUGUGACUUUAAGAGCGCUGUAAGCGCUCGAGCGCUGUAAUUCGAGCCUCGUGCAGUGACAGCUGUAGCACCGAAGAGAAGAGAAAGCUCGGUUACUGACUGCUGGAAAGUAAAGUGUCUGUCUCUUUGUUACCAACUUUUAGGACCGUGUUUUGCUGACCAUGACUGACCGGUUCGGCAGGACGUGUGUAAUUGCGUUUGCGCUCGUGGUCACUGUAUUACAAGUCAGUGGAAAUGAGGAGAGGCAGUUGAUUGCAGAUAAGUUUAAGAACUACAAUAAAAAUAUUCGACCAGCAAGAAACAUUGAUGAAAAAGUGAAGGUUCAGGUCAAGUUAACCCUCACCAACCUCAUCUCUUUGAAUGAAAAAGAGGAGACUCUCACUACAAAUGUUUGGAUUGAGAUUCAAUGGCAUGAUUACCGUCUUGCAUGGAAUACAUCUGAAUAUCAUGGCAUUGAUCUGAUCCGUGUGCCAUACAACACUGUGUGGCUACCAGAUAUAGUUUUGGAAAACAACAUUGACGGCAAGUUUGAUGUGGCAUACUACGCCAAUGUGCUGAUUUCGAGUGAUGGCUCCAUGUACUGGCUUCCCCCUGCCAUCUACCGCAGUACCUGUGCCAUUGAGAUCACCUACUUCCCUUUCGACUGGCAGAACUGCACACUAGUCUUCAGGUCUCAGACAUACAGUGCAAAUGAAAUUGAUAUGGUAUUGGCAGAAGAUGCAGAAACAGGGAAGCCUAUUGAGUGGGUGGACAUCGACCCUGAGGCCUUCACAGAAAACGGGGAGUGGGCAAUCAAGCACCGGCCCGCCCGUAAGCUGACAGACCAGCGUUACUCCCCUGAUGACCUGGAGUACCAGGAGGUGUAUUUCAAUCUCAUCAUCCAGCGGAAACCACUCUUCUACAUCAUCAACAUCAUCCUGCCCUGCUCUCUCAUCUCCUCACUGGUUGUUCUGGCCUUUUUUCUACCUGCAAAAGCUGGAGGGCAGAAGUUGACCGUGUCCAUUUCUGUACUGUUGGCUCAGACUGUGUUUCUCUUCCUAAUUGCUCAGAAGAUUCCAGAAACGUCACUUUCCGUGCCUCUUAUUGGCAAGUAUCUAAUCUUCGUCAUGUGUAUGACCACAUUGAUUGUGACCAACUGCAUUAUUGUCCUCAACUUCUCCCUCCGCAGUCCUAGUACACACAACAUGUCACAGACCAUCAAACAUAUUUUCCUCGUGGUGGUCCCUCGUUUCCUUGGCAUGGCAUCAUUUGUGGAUGAGGAGGAGCCAGGUGGUGGUGUGACGUAUGAAAUGAGGGAGAGGCGCCGCAGUUCAUUUGGGCUGAUGCAGAGGGCAGAGGAAUAUGUUUUGAAACAGCCACGCAGUGAGAUGAUGUUUGAUAAACAAAGAGAGAGACAUGGACUCAUGCGCUCAAUUGUGGAUGAAAUUGAUGUGAGCAGUACGGCAAACCUCUACAAGAGUCUAGCAAAGACAGCACCAGAAAUAAAAGAGUGUGUGGAUGCCUGUAACUUCAUUGCUGAAUCCACUAAGCAGCAGAAUGACAUCGGAUCUGAGAUGGAGAGUUGGGUGCUGAUUGGAAAGAUGAUUGACAAGCUUUGUUUCUGGGCAGCCAUCACGCUAUUCUCUCUUGGAACAGUGGCCAUCUUCCUCAUGGGUCACUUCAACCAGGCACCCGAGUACCCAUUUCCUUGGGAGAACAAAAAGUACUUACCUGAGUAGAGAAGAAGCUCUGAAGACUCUAGAGAUGGAACAUAAUUUGGUACAUAAAAUAAAUACCGGGACAAGUUUUAUAGCUGGAGUUGAAGUACAACAAGCUGUACAUGAUAUGAACAGUAUCGUUCGACUUGAUAUGUGAUCUUGUCUUAUAUUUCAUAUUAUGAACUAUGGGUGUUCAUGCAUGCAUUAAAGGAACACUCCACUUUAAAAAAAAAAAAAAAUAGGCUCAUUUUCCAACUUCCCUAGAGUUAAAUAGUUGAGUUUUACCGUUUUCGGAUCCAUCCUAAGACCGACGGAAAAUGAAAAGUUGCGAUUUUCCAGGCCGAUUUGGCUAGAAACUAUAUUCUCAUUCCGGCGUGCCUUGAAACCAUGGAGACAUUUGUGAGAGGCGCUGCGUAAUAUCAUUGCACCUGCUGCACUCAUGGUACGGCAGCAAAGUUCCUUGAUUAUUACGCCGGAAUGGGAGUAUAGUUCCUAGCCAAAUCGG